AUGGUUCAAAGACAACCACCGAGGCAAGAACAAAAUAUAUACUCGCCUUACUAUUACCCCAGUUUCUCGCGCUACAACUACCCUUCAAAGAUUGGUGGUGACGAAGAAGUAUACACGGAACAUAAAUAUUCCUUUCCACGUUGGGAUGACGAUGCCUCCUGUACCACCCCCACAACUCCUCGUCCCCGUCUCCGUCGAGCCUCUCUUUCUGAUUUAUCUGAAGAAGACCAGGAUUAUUUUGAUAAGGAAGCGAAAGAACCUUUACAAACAUCACAAGCAUUGGAUGAUGAUCCCGAGACGGAACAGGAUAUCGAACAAGAAGAUGAAGGGGAAACAAGUUGUGAAAAAAUUCAGGUGGAUAUCGAACUAGCACGUCGCGAUCAAAAGACCGACUACGACCAGUUCCGCAAAGUUUAUGCAAAUUUGGAUGACGACCUUCGCGCUUUGCAACGCGAAAUCGAGGAAAUAGAAGCUGCUUGUUUAGCUAGAGGUUGGGAUUUAACAAAAGAUCAAGAUGAAAUUGUUCUAGAAUCGGAAUCAACUUCGUUAUCUGAUCUAUCUACAUUGCCAUCUUUUGGUCAACGAUACAGUAACAAGAAUAGAAUGAAUCGUUCUGGAAGUUUCAGUGGCAGCUCCAAUGGAAAUGGUUCGUCGAAAAGUCGAAGGUGCUUAGAAGAUGGAUGGAAGCAGGAAAGGGUACAUCGAAACGAAUGGAUUCGGUGUUGA